CUGAUUUAUUUCUCUCAAUGUAACACUGCAAUUUUCAGACUUUUUGAUGUUGGGGGCCAAAGAUCGGAGAGAAAGAAAUGGAUACAUUGCUUCGAAGGAGUAACAGCAAUAAUCUUCAUAGUUGCACUUAAUGAGUAUGAUUUAGGCCUUGCAGAGGAUCAGGGAACAUCCUACUGGCAUAAGGGCACUCGAUUUCUGGCAAGACUUGAACUCUUGUCUAAGCCUGCACUAUGUCUUAUAAGCGUAACACUUUCCUAG